AUGCUGCGUCAGAAUGCUGUGCUGGCGUUCUGCCUUCUAUUUUCCGGUGUAACAGCGCGUCAAAGCAGUCACUUCCACCAGAGUUCUCCGUUCUCUGACGGGCGUGGCAAUUUCGCACUGGCAGUUCCUGAGCUUAGUAUGUUUCCGUCUCGUCUCAUGCUCGAAUUGUUGCACCUUAAGGCUCUUGGAAUCCUGCGAGUCCUUCCCGUUCCUCCACAACUUGUCGACUGUAAGAUCGGACUUCUGGACAGCUACACCUGCCAGAACGAACUGACAUUCGCGGUUGGAGGCCACCAGCUGAGAUACAGCGAUCUGGAGGGCAUCUUUGACAUGCUGCCGAACUACCGUUCGAGUCCGGAAAACCCCCACGAUUCGUCUGCAGUCCAUCUGUUCACCACCUCUGUUCCAAACAGCACGCAAGUCUUGGGAUUGUAUACCUUGUACAACUACUAUUUAAUGCAGGAUAUCUUCUUCGGUCCUAUAUGGGAAGCGUUCUCGAGAGGAUUCGAGCAACCCACGAAAGCCGUUGCCUUCUCUAUUUCUCCCGGCACGAAGAAGCCGCGAAUUGAUGCACGCUCCUCUCCAGAGGCCAGGGAGGCAUCGUCGCCCAGCAGUAGUGCGGAACAAUUUUUUCCUACGCUUACAACAGUGUUGGAUGCCGUUCGAGAAGCGGGACUUCUGGAACCAAUCGACGAGGAAACUGUGGAAAAGUACCGGCUGGGUUCUGUGUCUCGUGCGCAGCGUCUACUUGACUUAUAUCUCCACGGACGUAAUCAACUCGCGCUUCUUCCCUCUAGAAAAGCGCUGCCUCGCACAGCCAGAAUUGAAAAGCAGUGA